GUAAUCUGUGGUCACAAGUAUGUCAUGUAAAUCUACUGAUAACAAUUUUCAACCAAAAAAAGAACAAAAAUAGAAUCACCCAAAAUGUUUAGAAAUCCUUAUUUAUUCUACAUUAAUUGAAAAUAGCUUUUUUUUUUUACAAUAUUUGAAUGUGUAACUAAAUCAUGUUAUUGUCAUACACCAAUGACGGAAUUAAUAACAUUUAAAUAAAUAAAAAGUAAUUACUAUCCGCAAUGUUACUCUCCUCUCAACACGAUUUAGAAUAUCUUUAUAGUUUUUAUUUGAAAUUUGUAGCAGAAACGCUGUUAUAUUUCAGAAAUUUUGCAUUUUAUAUAAGUUUAUGGAUAGUGGGUUAUUUGUUAGUGUGUUGUCUUGUAUAUCGUCGGUAUGCCAGGAGGUUACCGACUCGUACUCGUGGCUCCCUUAGGGCAAAAAGAGUUUUAAUAGUGAUUGCACAUCCAGAUGACGAGUGCAUGUUCUUCGGUCCCACAAUUUUCAGAUUAUGUGAACAGGGUGCUGAUGUUUAUUUGCUGUGUUUAUCUAAUGGUAAUUAUGAAGGUAAAGGCAAUAUUAGAAGACUGGAAUUGUGGAGUGCAUGUGAGGAGCUUGGUUUACCAGAUAGGAAUAUUUGUCUAAUUAAUGACACAAGAUUACAGGAUGAUCCAAAAGCUCAGUGGCCUGUACCAGUAAUAGCUAAAUUGAUUCAACAUGAGUUAGAAAAAUUAGAUGUAGACACCCUAGUUACAUUUGAUAGAGGAGGUGUGUCCUCUCAUGUAAAUCAUUCAGCAGUUUUCUAUGCUGUGGCUUAUAUGUUUGUUGAGAAAUUAAUGCCCAAAAAAUGUACAGUCUACACAUUAGACUCUGUAAAUAUACUGAGAAAGUACCUGGGAUUUUUAGAUUUACCACUUAGCUUUGUAUUGUCUUCCAAGAGGUACUUCCUUCGAUGGACAGAAAGCCGUCGCGUUAUUCGUGCUAUGAAACGGCACAAGUCCCAGAUGGUGUGGUUCAGAUAUCUAUAUGUUGCCUUCUCCCGUUACAUGAUAAUCAAUACAUUAAGACGAAUCAGCCUCGCCGACAUUGAGCUUGAAUUAGAGGUUGAUGAUUGAAUACUAUGUCACAUAGAAGAUAAAGUAAAACUACUAAUACAAAUGAUGUUGUAGCUUUUUUAAAUAGCAACUCAUUAGCAAGAAGUUGAGUCAGUCAAGGAAACAGAACUGUUAAAGAACGAAAAGGGGCUCAUGGAGGUUUCAGUCACAUGAGUUCUUAUAAAAAUAACGCUAUAUUUGGUUUAUAAUUCAAUUAUUCAGUUAUUUGGUGUCAAUUCUUAUGUGCCAUAAUAUGAAAUUAAUUUUAACAUAGGUGUUAAAUUGGUGCCAUUUCGUAAUAAUUUCAUUUUAAUAUUUCGUUAAAAUAUAUUAUUACUAUAAUAAAAUUGUAGGUAAACGAUGUCUGAAAGAUACAUCAGAAAAAAUAUAAGGAGUUUUAAAGUUGCAAUAAUAGACAUUUUUUUUUGCAUGUUCCUACAAUAUUUUUUUGCAUCACACAAAAAAAAUAUUGUCCGAAUUUAAUGCUGUUUUCACAAUUGUGAUCCUGAAGGUCUAACUUAAAAACUGUUGUUCGUUUUAUAAUUAUGUAAGUUACAAAUAUAUAUUUUUUUAUAAAUUUUAAUCUCAUUAAAGAGUCUACCAACCGCUGCAAUUGAAUUGGCACCGAUAUAAUUAUGUAUUAAUUUUGUUGUUAUUUAGUUGGUAAACAAGUAUGUAAAUAUUUAGUUUUAAAAGUGAGUCAAGCAUAAAUUAAGUAUUUUAAAAAGUAUGGAGACUGAAAACUUUGUACUUUUAUUGUAUUUUAUUGUUUAUAUUUAUUAUUGUAUUUUUUUAUCUACCAUACGUAGAUCGAGAUGUGAACAUAUAGACAAUUUAUUUCAACUAAAAUUUAAAUACGGAGAGUGUUGCUGGUGAUGAUGAGAUGGUGUAUAGCGUUUCUUCAACGCUAUAUCCCAUCGUAAUAGUAUGUGUAACACAAAUUGUUACCUAACGGAAUGCAAAGUAACUACUAAAAUGCAAUUAUCACCUAUUGUUGUAUUGUUAUUACAAUGUACCUUUAUAAUUUCUAAAAACAUUGUUUUAGAAGGCUCCCCUAAAAGUAGAAGUGUUAUUGUAGAUUUAUAAAGAAAUUUCUCAAAUGAUAUUGAGUCGUACAGUUCUGAAUAGAGUAUCGACAUUUCUAUUUGGUCCAUUUGUUUUUAACAAUUUAAAAAAAAGGGGUUCUUAAUUUGUUGGAGUCUUUCUCCAAUUACUUUUUUUUCUGAAAAGAUAUACUUUUAGAAUGGUCUCAUAGACAUUUUAUCAAAAUCGAUUCAAUAAUUUAGUUUUUAAAACAAAAUAUCUCAAUUUUGAAAUAAAUUUUAAUUUAUUUUUCCAAGAUUGAAGACGCUAUUUUUCAUAGAAAACAAUUUUAAAUUAUUAGGUGAGCCUUCAAAAAUCCUUUUAUAAGUGGUACAUUAACAAAUAAGUGUUACAUAUUAUGUCUGUUUGUAGGCAUCAGGUAUCAAGAAGUAAUAUCUGGAGUAAUGUCUGCUUAAUGUUUUUUUUUUUUAAAUUAUAUUUUACUUUUCCCAACCCACCCCACUAAAAUUGUAAAUAGAUAUAAGUUAUAUUAUUCAAUUGGUUAUGUAAAUAAUACAAUGUUUCUAAGUAUUAUAAUGUCAAAAGUUCAAAUUGAUGUACCUAGGAAUGGUAAUAUUUAUACAACUAUAUAUAUAUAUAUAUAUGAAAUAUUUUGAACGAUUUCUGAAUCCAAAUAAAUAAAUAGACAUUAUAAAGAUCAAAACUGUACCUAUGUAUCACACUUGAUGCAAAAUUUGUAAAGAAAAAAAUACUGUCCCGAGUCAUUCAUGUGUUUAAAUAUUAUCACACGGUUAUAGAAAUAUACAUUGACAUCUGUGACAAUCGUACAACUUAGUAAAUUGACUAGACUAGUAUCGGUAUGAGCUUCAUGAAAUACCGAGUAUGUAUAGAUUAGUGUUCGACUCAUGCGCCAUACUUCUGAAAAGGCACCGGUUACACUAGCAAGUAUGAAAUUUGUGCAAGAUUACUGAUUAAUAAAUAUAGUUUCCAUUUACAUUUCAUUUGUCGCUGACGAUUAUUAUGGCAGUCUAUGAUUAGGCCAAGUCCAGUCAUCGACUCAUCCCUAUGUAGUUACUGUUGCUGGUUUUGACCACACUAACUUGUAAUACAAAUGUGUAUAAUGUAUUUGGCUACCGCAAUGAUUUGUACAAUUGCCAAGUUUCUCUAUAGUUGAUUCUCAUAUAAAAAGUGGCCGUGGAGUAUACCAUCACCUGUAGUACAUGAAAACUAUAGAUGGAACAUCAUAUAGGUAAUUAGAUUCCUAUCACGGGCACUUUAGAUUUAACGGCGAAUACUAUGUGUGUUAUGAAAUUUAUUUUUUAAAAUGAAUACAUAUUUUUUGUUGUCGAUUAAUUUCCAUGUUAUUCCAUAAUUGUUUUUAUGCACUGCAGUCACUUUUAAUACAUAAUGUAAAUUAUAUUUAAGAAUUUCUAAAAUUGUACCAAUUUCGAUAGGUUAUUCUUAAUUCAAACGAUCCUCUUAACACGAAAGGUAAUUAACGAGUGCUUCCGCAUUCUUGAUGCAAUGUGCUCAUAUGUACAAAUGUAUAAAUAACGUCAUGAUAUAGAAAUCUGAACAGUUAUUUAGGUAAUGAAUGGAAAUGUGUAUUAAUAAUAAGGUCACAUUUGGUUUAGACGCCACCUAGUCGAGAUUUUAUUGUUAUAUUCCUUAAUCUCCUAUUGAAAGCCUGUUCUGUGAUAUAUUGUUGCGCUUCCACGCCUCAUUUAAUUUUUUUUAAAGUUGUAUCGCCUAAUAUUGUUCCGAUAUACAAUUAUGUUUUGUAUUUUCAAUUCUUUCGGCUAGCAUAAGUUAUUCAUUUCAAAAAUGAAAAUUAUCUUUUUAACUGAAAUGCAAUAAAUGACCAAUCCUAUUGAAACUCGUAAGUUUGUUUUUACUUUGUAUAUCGAAUGUGUUCGAAGUAUGGAGGUGCUAAAAUAUCAACUAGUCUAUAAACCAAACAAAUCGAAACAGAUUAAAUUAAUUUUAUUUCUGUUGGCCUCAAAAUACUCAUAGUACAUUUUACAACAAAUGUUAUUUAUUACAUUAUUAUACUUACAUUUCAAUGCGAGAACUUUCAAAAUUUUAAAUAGCUAAACAUUUUAAAAUUGACAAUUUUAGCGCUCUAUAGGUAUUUUAUAUAUAUUCAAUUUCUCCAAUACCAUACAGUGUGCUAUGGACAUAUAUCUCUACAGAAUACUGAUCUUACAUCCGCUGGACGAAAAAUAAGUAAUAAUAAGCAUGUAAAAGUAAAUUAUGCGAAACGUGCACUCAUACAUCAACACAUAUUAAAUAAAACAAAAUACACGAAGGAAUUAAUUGAAGGAAUUCCAAAAAAUAAACAAUCAUCCAGUGUACUUAAUUUUAUUUGGUAACUGCUACAAAUAAGCUUUAACAAUUGUUCAAUAACAUGUUAUAUUACCAUCUUGUAAUAUAAACAGCUCAAAUUUAGCUACUAAAAUCAAUCGUCAGUUUUCAUCAAAGAUUUUAUUUGGUCCAAGACAAACUACAAAAAAAUAUUGUCAUUAGACUGGGAAGAAUUCUUUUUUAAUUUAUCAUGUAAGGAUAAAUAUCUCACUAUAAUGCCUAAAUAGGAGAUAAAAUUGUGCUAGUUUUAGUGAUCAUAUGGUCAUUAAGUACUUUAAAUGCUCAAGUAUUAAAAAAAAAUUGUAAAAAAAAA